UUGGUUUCUUACCGGAUAACACACGCAAACUGAGAAAACUCUGCUCAGCAAUGUUUGUAUUUUGCGGAGCGGGAUCUACCCGCAGAAUUUGAAGCCGUACUAGACUGAUUGGCGCCUCCAUUGUAUCCACAGAUUUCUUUUUUGUUUCCCCAUCAAUCAGGCAGGCCAUGACGAUGCUACAGGCACGGCAGACAGCAAAGUACCACGCCUGCGGCACAGGCACCUGCAGUCCAGGCCGGCCGGCCGGCCGGCAAAGUCGUGGAGGGGAGCAACACAGCACAAGACUAGCUCAUGCAUGCUCAUCUCUCAACAGCCAGCGCAGCAGGAAGAAAUACAAAAGGCCGCAGAGCAGAGCAGAGCAUGUCGUGCGUGCGUGCAUCCCAAAAAAAGGCCCCGACACUUUGCUAUCUGCCUGUGGUCUCUACUCUGCUUUCCUGCCAUUUUUUUUUUCUUCAUGGAAAAAGAAUUCCUCCACCUCCUCCUCUUCUCUCCUCCGCGAGUGAGCAAGCACAGAGCACUGCUAUAUUUUAGUCGCUAACAACUAGAACAGCUCAGGAGGGGAGCUGGGGAGGGGGUUAGUUUGCUGCUACCACGGCUUCUCCCAUCUCGUAUUCCUUGCCUUCCCCGCGUCCGCAUGCACCAAUCGGCCGCAACCUGCAGCAGCGGUCGUUGCUCCCUCCACAUCUGCCGGAAAACUACGCCUCCCCCACCGCCUGUGUGUGUGUGUGUGCGCGCGCGUGUGUGUGCGCGUGUAUCCCUCUCUCCCCGUUUCUCUCUGGGGGUGAUGAGGUGAGGUGAGGUGAGGUUUCAUCAGAGGAGUGAGUGGGCUCGCCGCGGCGGCCGGCGGCCAUGGCGGGUGUGGUUGGUGCGGCGGCGAAGGGGUGCAUGAACGCGGCCUGCGGCGUGACGGCGGCCGCGCUGGGAGGGGGAGGGGAGUGGAGGAAGGGGUGGCCGCUGCGAUCCGGCGGCUUCGCCCUGCUCUGCGACAAGUGCGGGUUGGCACAUGAGCAGCUUGUAUUUUGUGAUAUAUUUCACCAAAAGGAAUCAGGCUGGAGAGACUGCUCAUUUUGUGGGAAGCGUCUCCAUUGUGGAUGUAUUGCUUCGAAGAACUCUUAUGAUCUACUUGACAGCGGAGGAGUUCAAUGUGUCACUUGCAUGAAAAAUUCAGCAGCUCAAUCUGCUUCCAGUCAAAUGGUUCCAAAGCUUUUUCCAUGUCAAAAUAAUCUGCGAAUUUUUGGUAAAAGCGACGAGUUAUUAUCAGGUAGAAAAUUCGAGCAACCACCCUCCUUUAUGGUGGAUUCCAGAAAUGAUGAUAUUGCUAUUAUAAAUAAGAGCAAUCACCCGUUCAUGGUGAAAACCAUAGAGGCUGGACAAAGCAGUAGCGCUUUGAGGCAGAAAGAGAUAGAGAAUGGUUCUAGGCAGAUUAAAUGGGAACAUCCAACCCUUAGUAUUGGGGACAUGGGAAGGAUGCCUUUCUUAACCAGGACUCAAAGUGCAUUAGAGUCUCCUCAAUGUGCUCGAAGAGAUGACAAUAAAGAUCCAACUACAAAUAGCACACCAAAUGAAUCACUUUCUGAGGCAUGUCUCAGCAUGAGCUUGGGUAUUGCUAAUAAUGGAAACAAGAUGGAGGCUACUUCAACAGUAGAAAGACCUAUGCUAUCACCAACGAGAGCCAUCACUGAAGGAAGAGAACUUGCCACUACGCUAUCUCCCUUUCAGCAUGCACAAAGGGCUCGGCAUUUUCUGACCAGAUCACCAAGGGUUGGUGAAGGUGCUGUUUUUGAUCCAACAAAAGAUGCUUUUCCACAUCUUCGUGUUGCGAGACCACCUGCUGAGGGAAGGGGCCGCAAUCAAUUACUUCCUCGGUAUUGGCCAAGAAUAACGGACCAAGAGCUGCAACAAAUAUCUGGAGAGUAUCCUUUGCAAAUUUCGAACUCCACCAUUGUUCCGUUGUUUGAGAAGGUUCUGAGUGCAAGUGAUGCAGGCCGCAUUGGGCGCCUUGUUCUUCCAAAAGCCUGUGCGGAGGCAUAUUUCCCUCCAAUUUCUCAACCAGAAGGUCGUCCUUUGACAAUUCAAGAUGCAAGAGGCAAAGAAUGGCAGUUUCAGUUUAGGUUCUGGCCAAAUAAUAACAGCAGAAUGUAUGUCUUGGAGGGUGUUACACCAUGCAUACAAUCCUUGCAAUUACAAGCUGGCGAUACAGUGACUUUUAGUCGGAUAGAACCUGGAGGAAAACUUAUUAUGGGCUUCCGGAAGGCCACAAAUACUGUCAGUUUGCCAGACUCACAGAUUUCAGCUAUUGCAAAUGGUUCCCUUCUCAGUGAGACACUCUUUUCUAGUACAAAUGAGAACCUAGCAGUAGUAAGUGGUUACUCCGGAUUUCUUCAGUCAAUAAAGGGAGCCGCAGAUCUCCAUCCAAGCUCUCUAUAUGAUCAUCAUAUGAACUCAGCUGACGGGGAUGUUAGUUGGCUUAAGACAGAUAAAUUUGGCGGCAGGCCAGAUGAGGGAUCUUUGCAGUUUUUACAAAAAAGAAGUCGCAAUAUUGGUUCCAAAAGCAGGAGACUCGUAAUGGAUGCUGAAGAUGCCUUAGAACUAAAGCUUACUUGGGAGGAGGCCCAAGAGUUGUUGCGUCCUGCUCCCACUGCAAAACCAACUGUUGUGAUGAUUGAGGAUUACGAAUUUGAAGAAUAUGAUGAACCCCCAGUCUUUGCAAAGAGAUCAAUUUUCGCCAUCCGUGCAACAGGGGAACAUGAUCAAUGGAUUCAAUGUGAUGAUUGCUCAAAAUGGCGCCGUUUGCCUCUUAGUGUUAUUGUUGCCUCCAAAUGGACUUGUGCCGAUAAUUCAUGGGACCCAAAAAGCUGUUCCUGCUCCACGCCUGAAGAGUUGACCCCAAAAGAGUUGCAAAGUGUUCUGCAGCAGUAUGAAGAAAUGAGGAGGCGAAAGUGCAGCUACGGUCUGAAGCUGACUGUCCCAGAAAUGGUCGCAUCCGGCAUUGAUGCCUUGGCCACAGCCGCGGUAUUUGGUGAGGUCGGAAACCAGGGCACCACUUCAGUCGCCGCAACCACGAAGCACCCCCGGCACCGGCCUGGCUGCACAUGCAUUGUGUGCAUCCAGCCACCCAGCGGCAAAGGCCCGAAGCACAACCCUGCGUGCACCUGCAACGUCUGCAUGACGGUCAGGCGCCGCUUCAAGACACUGAUGAUGAGGAAGAAGCAACGGCAGUCCGAGCGAGAGGAAGCCGAGACGAGCAAGAUCGCGUGGAUGAACAGAGACGAGCCCGAGGGGAGCAACCUAUCAAGAUCGCCACAGACACUGGACACCACUCGAGAGAGUGACGUGACCAUGUUCGACAAGGUGGCCGACGUGAACAAGGGGCAUAUUGACCUCAACUUCCACCCGUCCGUCCGUGACGAUCAGGAGCAGCACGGCACGCAGCCCCGGCCGAUGAGCAUGAUGGGCCUCCUCGAAGUCGCGAGCCGCCCCCUGGAUAACUACGUCAAGCAGAACGGCAUCACGAGCCUGGCGGGAGAGCAAGGGGCCAGCUCCAGCACGGCCACGGUCCCGCCGGCUCCGGUGGAGAGCGAGGAGCGGACGUCCAAGGAGGGCCGUGUCGUGUCGGUGGAGCGGGAGCGAGAACCGGAUGGCAUGGCCGUCGACGAGGCCGGCGAGAACCAGCAGGACAAGGCUGCCGACGAUGCUGCUGCUUCUUGACCACCGUGCGCGUGCAUGGGCGUACGUGUGUGUGUGUGUGUGUGUUGACGUGCCUCUUAUCGGCUCCCCAUUGUUUUUUCAGGAACAGCUGGUGAGUUUUGAUGUGAAAAUUUACAAUAGGUUUCAUCGUGUUGCUUCUUUCUGUAACUAGUACGUGUACUUACAAGGCUGUGCAGCCCAGAUUAGCAGAUUGUAUGUUGCAAGUCUGUAACCUCGAUAUGGAAAAGGCAGUUGCCUGUGUGGCUGGCUGGUGUUGUAUGUAACGCUUUAACAGUGGCUUCAGCAACUCACAGAUUCAUU